GACGCCAGCCAGUGGAGGCGGGGUUGCGGGAGGAGAGUCCGCUCUGCGCAAUCCAGUCCGGGACUUGGCUCCGCCCUGGAGCGGCGGCCUCUCGGGUGACAGAGGAGUAGUGAGCGGCAAGGGGUGAGGCUGCAGCCAACUCCGCUCCUCGCGCACUCGGCUGCCGAGGCGCUCGGGACGCAGCAGCGGCGCUUCUCCGUGGGGCCCACAGCCCGCAAUGCCCGCUUAGGAGAGGCGGCAGCGACCAGCGUCGCCACACCCGCGGCAGAGCGCUCGCGGUCGCGAAGCGGGGCUAUAGCUUGCACCCCUGCCCCAGCCCCCACCCUACCCCCCACCCUGAAAUGACCUGUUAAUCGGCGGAGACACCACCGAAGGGACUCGCCGGAGUGGAAUCCAAGUGGAAUUUGGAUUUGGAGAAGAGUUUCUUGAACAUUUACUCCUUUCUUGUUGGUUUUUUUCUUUCUUUUUUCCUUUCCCCUUCUCCGCCUGUCAUUGGAGAUGAACACAGCGCGUCUGCAUCCCAGAAAGUAGUCGUCGCGACUGUUACCCCCAAAGAGACAAGCACACAUGUAGGAAUGACAAAGGCUUGCGAAGGAGAGAGCGCAGCUCGAAGCCCGGAGAGACUCCCUCGAUAAUGGAUUACUAAAUGGGAUACACGCUAUACCAGCCCUCUCCGAGCCCCGGCCGCCUGCCCGUCGAUGCACCGAAAAGGGUGAAGUAGAGAAAUAAGGUCCCCCCGCUGAACUACUAUGAGGUCAGAAGCCUUGCUGCUAUAUUUCACACUGCUACACUUCGCUGGGGCUGGCUUCCCAGAAGAUUCUGAGCCAAUCAGUAUUUCGCAUGGCAACUAUACAAAACAGUAUCCGGUGUUUGUGGGCCACAAGCCAGGACGGAACACCACGCAGAGGCACAGGCUGGACAUCCAGAUGAUUCUGAUCAUGAACAGAACCCUCUACAUUGCUGCUCGGGACCAUAUUUAUACUGUUGAUAUAGACACCUCACACACAGAAGAAAUUUACUGUAGCAAAAAACUGACAUGGAAAUCUAGACAGGCUGAUGUAGACACAUGCAGAAUGAAGGGAAAACAUAAGGAUGAGUGUCACAACUUUAUUAAGGUUCUUCUCAAGAAAAAUGAUGAUACCUUGUUUGUCUGUGGAACUAAUGCCUUCAACCCCUCCUGCAGAAACUAUAAGAUGGAUACUUUGGAACCUUUCGGGGAUGAAUUUAGUGGAAUGGCCAGAUGCCCUUAUGAUGCCAAACAUGCCAACAUUGCACUGUUUGCAGAUGGAAAACUGUACUCGGCCACAGUGACUGACUUCCUUGCCAUUGAUGCAGUCAUUUACCGGAGUCUUGGAGACAGCCCAACCCUACGGACUGUCAAGCAUGAUUCAAAAUGGCUGAAAGAACCGUACUUUGUCCAAGCGGUGGAUUAUGGAGACUACAUCUACUUCUUCUUUAGGGAAAUAGCGGUGGAAUACAACACGAUGGGAAAGGUAGUUUUCCCAAGAGUGGCCCAGGUUUGUAAGAAUGACAUGGGAGGGUCUCAGAGAGUUCUGGAGAAACAGUGGACAUCCUUCCUUAAGGCUCGCCUGAACUGCUCCGUUCCUGGAGACUCUCACUUUUAUUUCAACAUACUGCAGGCAGUCACAGACGUGAUUCGGAUUAAUGGCCGUGACGUUGUCCUGGCAACCUUUUCCACACCUUAUAACAGCAUCCCGGGAUCUGCGGUCUGUGCCUAUGACAUGCUUGAUAUUGCCAACGUUUUCACUGGGAGGUUCAAAGAGCAGAAGUCUCCAGACUCCACGUGGACGCCGGUUCCUGAUGAACGAGUGCCUAAGCCCAGGCCAGGCUGCUGCGCUGGCUCAUCCUCCUUAGAAAGAUACGCAACCUCCAAUGAAUUUCCUGAUGAUACCCUGAAUUUCAUCAAAACGCACCCGCUCAUGGAUGAGGCUGUGCCUUCCAUCAUCAACAGGCCAUGGUUCCUGAGGACGAUGGUCAGAUACCGCCUGACCAAAAUUGCAGUGGACACCGCUGCCGGGCCGUAUCAGAAUCACACUGUGGUUUUCCUCGGAUCUGAGAAGGGAAUCAUCCUCAAGUUCUUGGCCAGGAUAGGAAACAGUGGUUUCCUAAAUGACAGCCUUUUCCUGGAGGAGAUGAGCGUUUACAACCCUGAAAAGUGCAGCUAUGACGGAGUAGAAGACAAGAGGAUUGUGGGCAUGCAGCUGGACAAGGCCAGCAGCUCUCUGUAUGUUGCGUUCUCCACUUGUGUGAUAAAGGUCCCUCUUGGCCGGUGUGAACGACAUGGCAAGUGUAAAAAGACGUGCAUCGCCUCCAGAGACCCGUACUGCGGGUGGGUGAAGGAAGGAGGGGCCUGCGCCCACCUGUCACCCGGCAGCAGACUGACUUUUGAACAGGACGUAGAGCGUGGCAACACGGACGGCCUGGGAGACUGUCACAAUUCCUUCGUGGCACUGAAUGACAUUUCAACUCCUCUACCAGAUCAUGAAAUGUCUUACAACACAGUACAUGGGCACUCCAGUUCCCUCUUGCCCAGCACCACUGCAUCCGAUUCGGCGGCUCAAGAGGGUUAUGAGUCUAGGGGAGGAAUGCUGGACUGGAAGGAUCUGCUCAAUUCACCUGACAGCACAGACUCUUUGGGGGCAGUGUCUUCCCAUAACCACCAAGACAAGAAGGGAGUGAUUCGGGAAAGUUACCUCAAAGGCCAUGACCAGCUCGUCCCUGUCACCCUCCUGGCCAUUGCGGUCAUUCUGGCUUUCGUCAUGGGGGCCGUCUUCUCGGGCAUCAUCGUCUACUGCGUCUGCGAUCACCGGCGCAAAGACGUGGCCUCCGUGCAGCGCAAGGAGAAGGAGCUCAGCCACUCGCGCCGCGGCUCCAUGAGCAGCGUCACCAAGCUCAGCGGCCUCUUUGGGGACACCCAGUCCAAAGACCCGAAGCCGGAAGCCAUCCUCACGCCACUCAUGCACAAUGGCAAGCUCGCCACUCCCAGCAACACGGCCAAGAUGCUCAUCAAGGCCGACCAGCACCACCUGGACCUGGCCGCCCUGCCCACCCCAGAGUCCACCCCAACGCUGCAGCACAAGCGCAAGCCCAGCCGCGGCAGCCGCGAGUGGGAAAGGAACCAGAACCUCAUCAACGCCUGCACCAAGGACAUGCCCCCCAUGGGCUCCCCGGUGAUCCCCACGGACCUGCCCCUGCGGGCCUCCCCCAGCCACAUCCCCAGCGUCGUGGUGCUGCCGAUCACGCAGCAGGGCUACCAGCAUGAGUACGUGGACCAGCCCAAAAUGAGCGAGGUGGCCCAGAUGGCGCUGGAGGACCAGGCGGCCACCCUGGAGUAUAAGACCAUCAAGGAACAUCUCAGCAGCAAGAGUCCCAACCAUGGGGUGAACCUGGUAGAGAACCUGGACAGCCUGCCCCCCAAAGUCCCCCAGCGGGAGGCCUCCCUGGGCCCUCCCGGAGCCUCCCUGUCUCAGAACGGCCUGAGCAAGCGCCUGGAGAUGCACCACUCCUCGUCCUACGGGCUUGACUAUAAGAGGAGCUACCCCACGAACUCGCUCACGAGAAGCCACCAGGCCGCCACGCUCAAAAGAAACAAUACUAACUCCUCCAAUUCUUCCCAUCUCUCCAGAAACCAGAGCUUUGGCCGGGGAGACAACCCGCCCCCCGCCCCGCAGAGGGUGGACUCCAUCCAGGUGCACAGCUCCCAGCCCUCGGGCCAGGCCGUGACUGUUUCGAGGCAGCCCAGCCUCAACGCCUACAACUCACUGACGAGGGCGGGGCUGAAGCGCACACCCUCCCUAAAGCCGGACGUGCCCCCCAAACCCUCCUUUGCCCCCCUUUCCACAUCCAUGAAGCCCAAUGAUGCGUGUACAUAAUCCCAGGGGGAGGGGUCAGGUGUCGAACCAGCAGGAAAGGCGAGGCGCCCGCUCAGCUCGGCGAGGUUCUCGGCUGCUGAGUACCCACCCGACCAGGACGGCCGCGGCGGCGCCCGGGACGCUGGGUCCUCCCCUGCGACGCUGGCGGGGGGGCCUCUGGAGAAUUGGGCCAUGCGGUUCGGUGAAGGUUCGCGACGCGGGACUCACCUCCAUCCUCUUCCUUCACUCUCCCCCACACUCCACAACAGGUCGGACUCACGAAAGACUUCAGUCAGCAUCACAAACAUGAGCCAAAAGCACAUACCCACCCACCCCCUCCCACAUGUGCGCCUGCGCGCCCGCGUGCACGCACGCAUACACCACGCACGCGCACACACGUACACGUACACGUACACGUACACACACGUGAACAGCAAGUGCAACAUUUUGUCCGGGACUGCACGGGGCGCCGCCCAGCGGGGCUAGCGUCCCAACCUGCAAAACACAAAUACAUUUUUAAAAAUCAUGAAACUUAAAAAGACAAAAAAAAAGAAUUCAUUGAUAAUUCUAACUCAGACUUUAACAAUGGCAGAAGUUUACUAUGCGCAGAUACUGUGAAAUGCCCACCAGUGUUACAGCUUUCUGUUAUAGCAGAUGAAUGCCAUGUUGGGCGACUAUGCCAUAGAUUUCUGCUCCUCUCUUUUUAAUGAAAUAACGUGACCGUUAACGCAAGUAACUCUUUAUUUAUUGUUCACCCUUUUUUUUUCCUUAAGGAAAGGACUCUGCCACAUACCAUCCUCUGAACAGCUCUUCAGAAAGCCCCUUGACAGUUAAAACUAUUUAACGUGAAAUCCAUUAACUGGAAUAAUUGAGUUUCUUUAUUUUUACAAUAAAUUCACUGAGUAAAUAAGUU